GCAUUCUCCAACUUUCUUCCAUCGAGAUACAUAAAAUCAAUGGAGCCUCUCUUGACAACAGAAGUUCAAUUGUACCAAGAUAAAUUAAUAGGAAAAAAAUGGAAAUCCUACAUCGCGAGUUUCUUCGACGAAAAUUCUCUGGGCAAAGCUAGAAUUGAACUUUUUCAAAGUGACGGGAAAAAGAAGCACUCGGAGCCUGCAAAAACUGUUUUGUUAGAAAAUGUGGUAUCACUAAAACCGGCAAAAACCGAUACAGGAGCCUCUUUUGUAAAAGUACAAUAUAAGGAUGACUCUUUCGUGCAAUUUUCCAGUGAAGAAUUGCAGAAAAUUAUCGAUGUUCUUAGCGCAAUUUGUUUUCCAAAAAAGCUGCAAUAUGUCACAAUUGCCCCCAGCACUUCAUUGGAUUCUCCCACCGAGGACGAGGAAUGCUUCGAAUUUCCAGAAACAUACACAAUGCUGAAACUGAAACAAGUGAACGGUAGAGAAAAAACAGAAGGGGUUUACAAUUUAAAGUUUGCUGAACAUCUUCAAAUCAGUGGUCCGAAUAACGUGCAUUGUAUUCCAUACCAGACGUUGAUAUGGGUUGGAACGGGGGAACAUUGCGUUGGCUUUGGAGUUGAAAAUUUGGGAAUUUUUGAAUUUGCCACUGGAGAUGCCAUUCUUUUCGUGGAACACUUGAGAAGUUUUAUUCGAUUUAGUUGUGACUUCAGCACCCCUCAGACAAAAACGAUUUGCCGCUUCAAUCGUUAUUUUCAUCCCAAUAGACUCGUGAAUAACACCAGCCCAGGGCUCAGUAACAACUCAACAAUGGAGAGUGUGGACUCUGGCGGCGUUUAUUCAAAAAUCCAGGGCUCAACAGACACUUCAGUAUCUAGCCUGCAAUUGAAUGAAACCGAAUUUGUGAACAGAGUUGUGAAAAACGAAUUGAGACGAAACGCGUCAAUGGAAAUGUUGAGACAUAAGAUUUCUUUUUUGCAAAAGAAAAAGAAUGAGUCUCGGACGGAUUUCGAGGAAUCAGCGGACAGGGAUUUUGUCAGAGUCCAACUGCCGAAAGGAAUAUUGCUCGAGCAAAACAAAUUCUCACCAACGAAAAGCGUGUCGUUCCAAGAUAUGGAUUCGGUGACGUCUGAGAAUAAGAUUUACACCCGUCACACCGACUUGUAAUUUGAAUUUCAAUUCCGAUUUUCUUCUCCUAUUUUCUUCUUCCCUUUCCGCGUUUACUUCGUCAGCUUCUUGUUUCAAAAUGUUCAAUGCCAACGAAUGUACUACGCACACAAAAGAUUGAUGAAUAGAUAAAUUCAACUUGCUUUAUCGACUUUAUUUUUAUGUACUCCUUCUUCAAGUUUUUAAUUCAUUUCAGCCCUUUCCCUGUCGCCACGCAUUCUGGUUUUUUGCAAAUUCAUAUUUUUCCUUCAUUUUAAAGUUUCAAUAUAAUAUAGUGAACUAUAAAACGAAUUU